ACCCUCUUAACUGAUUAGGGAAAGGGAAAGUGAAAGUGUUUAGUUGAAAUUACAAGUUUAGAAAGAAAGAGGAGAGAAGAAAUGGCGUCCUCGAGUCCUCCAGAAUCCCCUACCUCAGCAGGAUUCAAUACCGAUCAGCUCCCCCACAACACAAGCCAGAACUUCACAGACGACGACGAUGAGGCCUCCGUCGAUCCCGAAAUCAUUAGAGAUGAGCCUGAUGAACCUCAAGAGGAAGAGGAGGAAGGAGAGGAUCUAUUCAAUGAUAAUUUCAUGGAUGACUAUCGGAGAAUGGAAGAGCAUGAUCAGUACGAAUCGGUAGGAUUGGAUGACUCAGUUGAAGACGAAAGGGAUUUGGAUCAGAUAAUGAACGAUCGCAGGGCUGCUGAGGUUGAGCUCGAUGCCCGUGAUUCCCGCCUUACCAACCGCAAGCUUCCUCGUCUUCUUCAUGAUCAUGAUACUGAUGAUGACAGCUAUAGGCCUCCAAAGAGGUCUAGAGCUGAUUUUAGGCCUCCAUCCUCUCAGCAAAGCCAUGACGAUACUGAUGCUAUGCAAAGCUCCCCUGGCCGGUCACAGCGCCAUCACUCAAGGGACGAUGUGCCCAUGACUGAUGAUUAUCCUUUUGAGGAUGAAGAUGGCGAUGAGGGCGACGAGUUUGAAGUGUAUCGAGUCCAAGGGACUCUAAGAGAGUGGGUCACCAGGGAUGAAGUGCGCCGUUUUAUUGCUAAGAAGUUCAAGGAAUUUCUACUUACAUAUGUCAAGAAAGACCAUGAUGAUUUUGAAUACGUACGUCUCAUAAAUGAGAUGGUAUCAGCUAAUAAGUGCAGCUUGGAGAUUGAUUACAAACAAUUUAUCUUUGUCCAUCCCAAUAUUGCCAUCUGGCUUGCCGAUGCUCCUCAAUCCGUCCUAGAAGUCAUGGAAGAUGUAGCUGCAAGUGUUGUCUUUAGCUUACACCCAAACUACAAAAAUAUCCAUCAGAAGAUCUAUGUCCGCAUUACCAGCUUACCAGUUUAUGAUCAGAUCCGUAAUAUCAGACAGAUCCAUUUAAACACCAUGAUUCGUAUCGGGGGAGUUGUCACUAGACGUUCUGGAGUAUUCCCACAGUUGCAACAGGUGAAAUAUGAUUGCAACAAGUGUGGGGCAAUCUUAGGACCCUUCUUUCAGAGUUCCUAUUCAGAAGUUAAGGUUGGCUCUUGCCCUGAAUGCCAGUCAAAAGGACCAUUCACUGUUAAUAUUGAGCAGACAAUUUACCGGAACUACCAGAAACUUACGCUCCAGGAAAGUCCUGGAAUUGUGCCUGCUGGUCGGCUUCCCAGAUACAAAGAAGUGAUACUGUUGAAUGAUUUGAUUGAUUGUGCCCGUCCCGGGGAAGAGAUCGAGGUCACUGGCAUUUACACAAAUAACUUUGACUUAUCUUUGAACACAAAGAACGGUUUUCCUGUCUUUGCCACUGUCAUUGAAGCUAACCAUGUAACAAAGAAGCAGGACCUCUUUUCUGCUUACAAACUAACACAGGAGGACAAAGAAGAGAUUGAGAAGCUUGCUAAAGACCCGAGGAUAGGAGAAAGGAUUAUCAAAUCAAUUGCUCCAUCAAUCUAUGGCCACGAGGACAUUAAAACUGCAUUAGCUCUUGCCAUGUUUGGAGGUCAAGAGAAAAAUGUUGAAGGGAAGCACAGACUCAGAGGAGACAUCAAUGUUCUUCUCUUAGGUGAUCCAGGCACAGCAAAAUCUCAAUUUUUGAAGUAUGUUGAAAAGACUGGACAGAGGGCUGUGUACACUACUGGUAAAGGAGCUUCGGCUGUAGGUCUAACUGCAGCAGUGCACAAGGACCCGGUGACAAGAGAGUGGACCCUGGAAGGAGGUGCCCUUGUUUUGGCUGACAAGGGGAUCUGUCUUAUCGAUGAGUUUGACAAGAUGAAUGAUCAGGAUAGGGUGAGUAUCCAUGAAGCCAUGGAGCAGCAGAGUAUUAGCAUAUCAAAGGCAGGUAUAGUUACUUCUCUGCAGGCUCGCUGCUCUGUCAUUGCUGCUGCAAAUCCUGUUGGAGGAAGAUAUGAUUCCUCGAAAACAUUUUCACAGAACGUUGAGUUGACUGAUCCCAUCAUUUCUCGUUUUGACAUCCUCUGCGUUGUUAAGGAUGUGGUUGACCCAGUUGCAGAUGAGAUGCUUGCAAAGUUCGUGGUAGAUAGUCAUUUUAGGUCACAACCUAAGGGUGGUAACACAGACGACUUGAGUGAGUCCCAGGAAGAUAUCCUAGCAUCUGCUAGGCCUGUUGAUCCAGAGAUUCUUCCUCAAGAUUUGCUGAAGAAAUACUUAACUUAUGCCAAGUUGAAUGUAUUCCCAAGGUUGCAUGAUUCUGAUAUGGAGAAACUGACGCAAGUUUAUGCUGAACUAAGGAGAGAGUCUUCGCGUGGCCAGGGAGUUCCAAUAGCAGUGAGGCACAUAGAAUCAAUGAUACGAAUGUCUGAAGCGCAUGCUAGAAUGCAUCUCAGACAGCAUGUUACGGAAGAAGACGUGGACAUGGCAAUACGAGUUCUACUAAAUUCUUUCAUUUCAACACAAAAAUAUGGGGUGCAGAGGGCUCUGCAGAAGAGUUUCAGAAAGUACAUCACCUACAAGAUGGAUUACAAUAGAAUGCUUCUCAAUCUACUGCAAGAGCUUGUGAAUAGAGCACUGCGCUUUGAAGAAAUUAUAUCUGGUUCUAUUUCAGGGCUUAGCCACAUUGAUGUGAAAGUAGAGGAUUUGCGGAACAUGGCGGAAGAACGUGGAAUCAGUGAUCUAAGCCCCUUCUUCACAAGUAAUGAUUUUUUGGCAGCAAAUUUUGAGUUGGAUAAUGAUCGUCAGGUGAUUAAGCAUCGUCUUCCAAGACGCUCAUAAUAUUCUUUAGAAAUUUAUUUAGGCCAAUCGGUGAAAGUAUUUACGAGUGAGUAAAGCACUGGCAUUGGCAUUCAAAGUUUAGAUUCUGAGCAAUUUUUCUGCUGACCUGUGAAACUGAAUUCGGAAACAAAUCCAUUUCGCCAAGUUUGGGUCCAAUGUCAAAUGUUUCAUUCUUUCACUAUCAGUUGGACGUAGAAUUCCCUUGGUAGUAACUUGUUAAUUUUACGUUACCCUGUAAGCGAAGGUAAAAUUGCAGUUGGAACUUUAGCAAAAAAAAGUGAAUGCGUGAGAUUCUGGUGUAUAAUUAUUAUUUUUGUGGGAAAAAAGAAUUUCAUUA